GUAGGCACAACUCAUUGAAUUUUCCUUGUCUUCCAGGGGGUGCCCUAGGGGGGCUCUUAGCGGGGAUGACGAGUGAGGAGUUCCAGCCUGUCCCUCAGAUCCUAAUGGAGCUGACGCCCACUGAGCAGGAGAAGCUGUACAAUCAGUUCAUGGCCAUCGUCAGGGGCCUGGAUGGGACAGAUGCUGUGACGCUGACCAAGCUGGUCAUGGGCAGAGUGGACCUGAAGGAAAAGCUCAUUAACAUGGUGGCGGGCUUCCUCACCGAGGAGCUCAAGGCCAAGGUGCAGUACGGCUAUUAACCCCCGGGGCACCACAGGGUGUCACAGGAGGUCCCUGGGGGCUGGGGUACCCCACCCCACCAGAGGUGUGGGA